CCAGUAUCCGGGACUAAUGCUCAGUUCAGUGGGAGGAAGAGAUGUGGGGGGAUUCCCCACAAGGAGGUUAGUGCGGAUUGGUAGACCGUACUUGCGCCUAACAGGAUGAAUGAACACCACGCUAGGAUUGUUUUAUUGUUUAGAGAAAACACCAACAAUUUCAAGUAUGUCAGUGACGCUUAUGCUCAGUAUAGUCGCUAGUCUGCUGGUCUACAAAUGUCACCUUAUUUCAGCAAUGCUGCAGCCACCGGUAGGAGUACUAGAGGACUUUGAAGAAGACUCAAAUUCAAUGUUCGUGGAUUUAGAAAGAAACCCAGGAGAAAACCCAAGUUCAGUCAUACAGGUCAUACAACAAAACCCAAGUUCAGUCAACCGUAUCGUACAGAGUUGCUGUGAAGCAGAAACUCGAAUGCAGAAUUUUUCCACUUUGCCGGAUCAGUUCGGCAGACAAUUACGAUUGGUCCAGCUAGCCGGAAGACAACAAUAUUUCCCAGUGGACACAUGUAGGUCUUUUUCAAAUUGUAACUGCCCCUGCGCUUGUGCCCUGACCGAACAAAGUUUCACAGCCUUGACCUACGACCCUGACACACCCAGCAGGAUCGUGUUUAAUUUUGUAACAAUUCCAAGUGUGUGCAGAUGCGUGAACAACUUUCGGCGCCAUUUUGAGGACCAGUAUUUUCCGUACCCAGAGGAAAGCAAUUUAGGAGACCGCCCAUGACGCAGAAAGUAGGGUGCCGAAAUGGGUAUUAAAAGAACUACAUAAAAUUUUAGAAUUUUUCUAUCGCUAACUUUUUAAAUUUCGUUUAAAUUAUGUAUAAGUUUUAUAGUGCUUACUGGCGGCAUUUCUUAGGCAAAUAUGAAUUUCGCACUUUAUUAAGAAAAAAGAGGGGGGGGGCGUUUGGUAACUGCUUA